AUGGAGUGCAGGGACAAAGCAGCUGUUCCUCCACGGAAGCUUGUGCAAGCUCGACUGCCCUUCAAGCGCCUCAACCCUGUGCCAAAGGACAAAUAUGAUGUGGAUUCAGAGGUGAAAAAAGUCAAGAGCUCCCCAAGUGCUUUUAUUUCAAGCAAGGAUCCCUCCCUGGAUCCAUCCUGUGCCUCCCUGGACAAUGUGGAGAAUGACUGUCAGUUGGGCUCAGCUGGGAAUUUGACUCCAAAACUUGUCAAUGAUAAAGAUUCUUUAGACCAUUUUGUCCAGAAAAACACCAGAGGUGACACAAGUGAAACUGGAAUUGUCCCUGAGCUGCCCAAGGGCUCUGCCCAUGGAGUCUGUGAUGGCACAGACAGGGGGGACUGUGAUUCUAAAGCUGCUUCACCUGUAGCUGCAACCAAUGGCACAAUAGGAGAAGAGUUAAACCAGUUGAGUUGCCUCAAUUCCUCCCAGACUAGCCACCCAGAUGACUUCAUGGAGACUGAUGUACCCUGUGGAGCUGCAGCCACUAGGGAAGAAGAUUUGGGAGAUGGGAUCCAGUCCCCAGCUGGAGUCCCAGAGGGGAAGGAUGCAGGGAGCAGGAAGGGCAGCCAGAGCAAACUGAAGGAUUCCCUCUUUGAGGGGAAGGUGCCCAUAGUGCUCCUGGAGGAUAUCAUGACUGUGAGGUCUCCCCAAGUGGCUUCUCUGGAUGGAAGUGUCACAUCAGAAAAUGAGGCCAUGGAAUCCUUUCCUGAGCAAGACUCUGGACUCACCAACUCCUCGCUGAGCUCUGGCUCUGGGAGCUCUCCUGAGGUGCAGUUCUUGGGAGAAUCCAAGAGGGACACAUGUCCUUUGGUUGCCUCAACCCCUGCUAGGAAGGUACCUCAGAAAUUCCACAGGAGCUCAGCAGAGAAGGAGAAGCUCAGAUUGCAAAAAGAUCAGGAACGAGCAGACAAGCUGCAGAAGCUGCAGGCAGAAAGGGAGGAGAAGGGAAGGCUGAAGGAAGAAGCAAAAGCUGCGAAGGAGAGAGCUAAGGAGGAGGCAAAGAAGAGGAAAGAGGAGGAGAAGGAGCUGAAAGAGAAAGAAAGGAGGGAAAAGAAGGAAAAAGAAGAAAAGGAAAAGGCUGAGAAGCUGCGAGUGAAGGAGGAAAAACGCAAGGAGAGGCAGGAAGCUCUGGAGGCCAAACUUGAGGAGAAGAGGAAGAAAGAAGAGGAGAAACGGUUAAGAGAGGCAGAAAAGCGACUCAAUGCUCAGAAAGCAGAAAUUACCAGGUUCUUCCAGAAACCAAAGACUCCACAGGCCCCAAAGAUCCUUGCAGGCUCUUGUGGCAAGUUUGCUCCUUUUGAGAUUAAGGAGAACAUGGUUUUAGCUCCGCUCAGUCGUGUUGCCCUGGAUCCAGACUACUUGGAGCAGUUGGAUAAGCUCCUACACACACAGAGCAGUGAAGUUUCUUUCCUGAGGGACCUCAAGUGUCGGAAACCACGGAAAACUGGCCCUACUUUGGUCAGUAACAGCACUGACACAGUGAACAGUGACGUGGUGGUGGUGAUGGAUAACUGCCAAACAGAUGCUGUUCCUGAAAGGGAAAAGUUUGGGAGAAUGAAACUCCUGCAGUUCAGUGAGAAUCACCGUCCUGCAUACUGGGGCACCUGGAACAAGAAAACCACCCUGAUCCGUGCCAGGAAUCCAUGGUCCAAGGACACUAAACUCCUGGACUAUGAAGUAGAUAGUGAUGAAGAAUGGGAAGAGGAGGAACCUGGAGAAAGUCUCUCUCAUAGUGAAGAGGAUGAUGAAGAGGAGGGAGAGGACGAAGAUGACGACGAUGGGUUUUUUGUACCCCAUGGGUACCUAUCUGAAGAUGAAGGGGUGACAGAAGAGUGUGACCCAGAGAAUCAGAAGGUUCGGCAGAAGCUGAAAGCAAAGGAGUGGGAUGAGCUGAUAGCCAAGGGCAAGAGGUUCCAUGUCCUUCAGCCUGUGAAAAUUGGCUGCAUCUGGGAAAGGGCAGAAAAGGAUAACAGCACAAACAUGGACCUGAAGGUUCUCCAGCAGUUCACAGCAUGUGUCCUGGACCCACCUGUGGCAGAGGAAGAGCAGCAGAUCCAGAAAUGUAGCAAAAAAGCUGCAAAAGAUCAGCAAAUCCUCGGCCACCUCCUGCCCCUGCUCCACGGCAACGUGCACGGGAGCAGGGUGAUCAUCCAGGAAUUCCAGGAAUGCUGCCGGCAGGGACUGUUCAGCGAUGUUAGCACCACCGAGGGCAGUGACACCAGCCCAACACGGCCACAAACCCCCGUGGGGGAGGCCCAGGGGGUCCCUUCCAAGGCCAGGCUGAAGAGGAUCAUCUCUGAGAACUCUGUGUAUGAGAAGAGACCUGAGUAUCGCAUGUGUUGGUAUGUGCACGCAGAGGUGCUGAAGAGCUUUGCCCAGGAGCAUCUCCCAGUCCCUUGUCAGUGGAAUUACAUCACCUCAGUGCCCUGCACGGGAAAGGAGGAGGGUGGCACUGUGCUGAGCACAGCUGUCCUGCAGACCACCCCUGUGGCAGCCAAGAGGAAGGCCAUGGGGAGCAUGUCCAUCACCAAGUUCAUGAAGAGACCUCGGGAUGCUGAGCAG